CAUACAACACUAGUCUUAUAGCGAAAAAAAAUUUAGUGUGAAUUCAAUUCAUUGAAUGUUUUAUCCAUUAAUUAAUUUUUCGCUAAUUUUUGGCUUAUUUUUUGAAUGCAAUCCAAGAAUCGUGUUGUGAAUCGACUACUCAUUCGCAGCCAAUACUACACAACACUCUCUUCAACACUGUAUUAGCCAUACGUUUAACCGUAACAUUGAUGUAGUGUUUGGUCUCUCAUUCACCGCAUAUUUGCACGAAAGUCGUCGUCGAAAUCGUGUGAACAUUACAUAUGAGAAGAGAAGUAGACGUGAACUGAUCCGCAAAAACCAUCCGAUCAUAAGGUGGUAACCAUAAGAAGUGCGCAAAAAUGUUGUAUCUAUUGCUGAAGACAUCGGUGACGGCGAGUCCGUUGCAGUCACUGCCGAGACUCGCGAACUCUAAACUCCUAUUAAACCAAACGUUCAAUCGUUGGGCGCAUAAGGAGUCAAAGGCGAAGACCGCCGCCAAACCGGAACCGGUGGUCAGAUUGGGUCCAAUCGCUUACAAACAGUUGACAAUCGGUGUGCCGAAGGAGGUGUGGGCUAACGAGCGUCGGGUGGCCUUAUCUCCGGCCGCCAUCGCUGUGUUGACCAAAAAGGGGAUUACAGUGAAAGUGGAGGACAACGCGGGAUUUGGGGCCAAAUUCUUGAACUCCGACUACGAGUCGGUCGGCGCUAAGAUUGUGGACAGAAAGUCAGCCUAUGAUUCCGAUAUUGUGCUCAAAGUGCGACAACCGAUAGCCGAAGAAAUGAACUCUUUUCGCGAUAAUUCAACGUUAAUUAGUUUCCUAUUUCCGGCUCAGAAUAAGGCACUCAUCGAUCAGUUGUCUGCCAAACACAUGAAUGUCUUCGCCAUGGAUUGUGUUCCCAGAAUUUCCAGGGCUCAGGUGUUUGACGCCCUCAGCUCUAUGGCCAAUAUAGCCGGAUAUAAAGCAGUUAUCGAAGCGGCCAAUCAUUUUGGCCGGUUUUUUACGGGUCAAAUCACUGCCGCCGGUAAAGUCCCGCCGGCGAAGGUGUUGGUAAUCGGCGGCGGAGUGGCCGGACUGUCAGCUAUCGGAACCGCUAAAAAUAUGGGCGCAAUUGUGCGCGGAUUCGACACCAGAGCCGCUGUGAAGGAACAGAUCGAGUCAUUGGGCGCCGAGUUCUUGGAGGUUGACUUCAAAGAGUCGGGCGAAGGAAUCGGCGGUUAUGCGAAAGAGAUGUCCCCGGAGUUCAUCGAAGCGGAGAUGAAAUUAUUCGCUAAACAAUGCGAAGAAGUGGAUAUUGUGAUCACAACGGCGUUAAUUCCGGGCAAAAAAGCCCCAAUUCUUAUCACUAAGAAAAUGAUUGAGAGUAUGAAACCGGGAUCUGUUGUCGUCGAUCUCGCGGCCGAAACUGGCGGAAAUAUAGAGACCAUAAAACCGGGCGAAGUCUACACAUACAAAGAUGUGAUACAUAUUGGAUACACGGAUCUGCCCUCAAGAUUGCCGACACAGGCGUCGACCCUUUACGCCAAUAAUAUCAGUAAAUUCUUGCUGUCGAUGACUGAAAAGGAUAACUUCGCUAUUGAUCUGAACGAUGAGGUCGUUCGCGGAUCUGUUAUCCUGAAAGAUGGCGAACUCUUAUGGCCUCCGCCGCCACCAAAGGCAGUGCCAGUUGUGGCCGCAAAACAGACCAAACUGGCCAAAGAGCCGCCAAAAGCGUUACUUCCGGCCGACUAUUUUAGAGCUACUUUUAAGGACGCGAUUCUCUAUACAACCGGUUUAGGUUCACUCAUCGGUUUGGGUUCAAUCGCACCCAACGCCGCGUUUACAACAAUGACCACUACUUUGGGUCUAUCGGGUAUUGUCGGCUAUCACACCGUAUGGGGAGUCACUCCCGCUCUUCACUCUCCCCUAAUGUCUGUGACGAACGCUAUUUCCGGCAUAACAGCCGUCGGGGGUCUGCUAUUGAUGGGCGGAGGUGUGGUUCCCACUACUUUACCGCAAGCAUUGGGCGCAACCGCUCUCACCAUAUCGACCAUCAAUAUCGCCGGUGGUUUUCUGGUCACUCAACGCAUGUUAGAUAUGUUUAAGAGACCCACAGAUCCGCCGGAAUAUAAUUAUUUGUAUGGCAUUCCGGCCGCUGUUUUCACCGGUGGCUACGCGUUGGCCGCACUCAACGGUUUAUCACACGUCCACCAAAUGACUUAUUUAGGUGCGUCCCUUUGUUGUGUCGGCGCUUUGGCCGGUCUGUCGUCUCAGAAAACCUCGCGAUUGGGAAACACAUUGGGAAUGAUUGGCGUUUCGUCCGGCAUAGUGGCGACUCUGGGUCUGAUGGACAUAACGCCAGAGCUGGCCAUUCAAAUCGCCGCCUGUAUGACCGGCGGCGGUGCUCUCGGUCUGGCGAUCGCCAAAAAGAUUGAAAUAACAGAUUUGCCUCAAUUGGUGGCCGCUUUCCACUCGUUGGUCGGUAUGGCAGCUGUUCUGACAUGUUUUGCCACAUAUAUCCACGACUUCCCCACAUUCGCCACCGAUCCGGCGGCCAUGACUGUCAAGACCGCACUCUUUUUGGGCACAUUUAUAGGAGGCGUCACUUUCAGUGGAUCUCUUGUCGCUUAUGGCAAACUUCAAGGAGUGCUCAACUCAGCGCCACUUCUACUCCCGGGCCGACACGCUCUGAAUUCUGCACUAAUGUUGGGAUCAGUGGGUGCGGGCGCCUAUUACCUCAUGGAUCCGAGUCAAAUGGCUGGUCUCACUUCGUUGGGCGCGACCGCCGCCUUGUCUACUGUAAUGGGAGUCACUCUUACGGCGGCCAUCGGUGGCGCCGAUAUGCCGGUCGUUAUUACAGUAUUAAACAGUUACUCGGGUUGGGCUCUCUGUGCCGAAGGGUUUAUGUUGAACAACAAUUUGAUGACAAUUGUUGGCGCACUGAUCGGCUCCAGCGGUGCUAUUCUCUCAUAUAUUAUGUGCAAAGCUAUGAACCGAUCGCUGCCUAACGUAAUAUUGGGUGGUUUUGGUACGGCUCCGACGGGACCCGCGAUGGCAAUCACCGGAACGCACACCGAAUGGAAUGUCGACCAAAGCGUGGAAGCGAUCACUGAGGCGAAGAACAUUAUCAUUACUCCCGGCUAUGGUCUAUGUGUGGCGAAAGCACAGUAUCCGUUGGCAGAGAUGGUGAAGAUUCUGAAGGAAAAGGGCAAAAAUGUGAGAUUUGGUAUCCAUCCGGUGGCCGGACGUAUGCCCGGACAGCUCAACGUACUGCUCGCUGAGGCCGGUGUGCCCUACGAUGUGGUGCUCGAAAUGGACGAAAUUAACGACGAUUUUAAUGACACGGAUUUGGUUCUUGUGAUCGGCGCCAACGAUACGGUCAACUCAGCCGCUGAAGACGACCCGAACUCUAUAAUCGCCGUAGUAUUAUAA